AUGGCCUCGCGGGACUCAUCUGAUCGAGACGGUCUCUCGCGGCGGUGCGUGUGGGUGAACGGACCGGUCAUCGUCGGCGCGGGGCCUUCGGGGCUCGCCGUCGGCGCCAGCCUCCAGGCGCGCGGCGUGCCCUUCGUCAUCCUCGAGCGCUCCCACUGCAUCGCCUCCCUCUGGCAGAAGCGCACCUACGACCGCCUCCGCCUGCACCUCCCCAAGCAAUUCUGCCAGCUCCCCGGCAUGCCCUUCCCCGACAACUUCCCCAAGUACCCCACCAGGAAGCAUUUCAUCGAGUAUCUCGAAUCCUACUCCACGAAAUUCGAUCUCAAUCCUCGCUUCAACGAGUGCGUUCAGUCGGCCAAGUACGACGAGACGUGCGGGCUCUGGCGGGUCAGGACGGUCGCCGGCGACGGCGCCACCGCCGCCGAGGUGGAGUACAUCUGCCGGUGGCUGGUAGUGGCGACGGGGGAGAACGCCGAGAGACUGGUGCCGGACAUCGAAGGGCUUCAAGACUUCGCCGGCGAAGUAAUCCACGCCUGCGACUACAAGUCCGGCAAGGAGUACCGGGGGAAGAAGGUCCUCGUGGUCGGCUGCGGCAACUCCGGCAUGGAGCUCUCCCUCGACCUCGCCCACCACUCGGCCUUCCCUUCCAUGGUUGUCCGAGACUCGGUAAGCACAGAAACCCCCCAAUCUCCCUCUGCGAUUUCUCAACCAAGAACAGAGGAUAUUAACGGGUCAAUGGUGGAACAGGUGCACGUCCUGCCAAGGGAAGUUCUGGGGAAGUCAACGUUCGAGCUGGCAGCGUUCCUGAUGAAGUGGCUUCCGUUGCGGCUGGUCGACAGGAUCCUCCUGCUCCUGUCGUGGCUGGUCCUGGGCAACGUGCAGAAGCUCGGCCUCCGGCGGCCCCCAAUGGGCCCCCUCGAGCUCAAGUACGCCGGCGGCAAGACCCCCGUUUUGGACAUCGGCGCCGUGGGGAAGAUCAGGUCUGGCGAGGUCGCCGUCGUUCCGGCGGUGCGGAGGUUCUUCCGCUCCAAGGUCGAGCUCGCCGACGGCCGGAUGAUGGACAUCGACGCCGUCGUUCUGGCCACCGGGUACCGCAGCAACAUCCCCUUCUGGUUACAGGAGACCGAUUUCUUCUGCAAGAACGGCUUCCCCAAGCAGCCCUUCCCCAACGGCUGGAGAGGACGAUCGGGGUUGUACGCAGUGGGGUUCACGAGGAGGGGUAUCUCCGGGGCUGCGCUCGACGCCACGAGGAUUGCCGACGACAUCGCCGGACUCUGGAGAGAGGAGACGGGGGAGGCGAAGAGCCUCGUCGGCUGCCGACAGAGACACGUCUACUCACUGGUCAAAUGA